AUGUCUGGAGAAGGCGGAUUCGACGACGCGGCGUAUGAUCGCGGUAUGGAGGAACUCACCAAAGGUGACGGCGAAGAUAACGUCAUCACCGAAUGGACUGAAGUGCACGAAACGUUCGAUACGAUGAACUUGCACGAGAACUUGUUGCGCGGGAUUUACGCGUACGGUUUCGAAAAACCGUCUGCGAUUCAGCAGAGAGGCAUCGUUCCGUUUGCGAAAGGGUUGGAUGUUAUUCAGCAAGCGCAGUCUGGUACCGGUAAGACGGCGACGUUUUGCGCCGGUAUCUUGCAAUCGUUGAACUACGAGUUGGAGGAGUGCCAAGCGUUGGUUUUGGCGCCGACGAGAGAAUUGGCGCAGCAAAUCGAGAAGGUUAUGAGAGCGCUCGGGGAUUAUUUGCAAGUGAAGUGCCACGCGUGCGUCGGCGGUACGUCGGUGAGAGAGGAUCAAAGAAUUCUCCAAGCCGGCGUCCACGUCGUCGUCGGUACUCCGGGGAGAGUGUACGAUAUGUUGAGACGCAGAGCGUUGAAACCAGAUUCGAUCAAGAUCUUCUCUUUGGACGAAGCCGAUGAGAUGUUGUCCAGAGGUUUCAAGGAUCAAAUUUACGACAUUUUCCAAUUGUUGCCGCCAAAGUUGCAAGUUGGCGUUUUCAGUGCGACUAUGCCGCCGGAAGCGUUGGAAAUUACUCGCAAGUUUAUGACCAAGCCGGUGAGAAUUUUGGUCAAGAGAGACGAAUUGACUUUGGAAGGUAUCAAGCAAUUCUACGUCAACAUCGACAAGGAAGAGUGGAAGCUCGAAACGUUGAUCGAUUUGUACGAAACGUUGGCGAUCACGCAGUCGGUUAUCUUCGCCAACACGAGAAGAAAAGUCGAUUGGUUGACGGACAAGAUGAGAUCGAAGGAUUUCACGGUUUCCGCCACGCACGGGGACAUGGACCAAAACACUCGCGAUAUCAUCAUGAGAGAAUUUCGCUCCGGCUCCAGUCGCGUUUUGAUCACGACUGAUUUGUUGGCCAGAGGUAUCGACGUUCAGCAAGUCUCUUUGGUUAUCAACUUCGACUUGCCGACGCAACCGGAGAACUACUUGCACAGAAUCGGUCGUUCCGGUCGUUUCGGUCGUAAAGGGGUUGCCAUCAACUUUGUCACGCAAGACGACGAAAGAUUGUUGCAAGACAUUCAAAGAUUUUAUCAAACCGUCAUCGAGCAAUUGCCGAACAACGUCGCGGAUUUGAUUUAA